AUGCAGCUCCAAGAUAAGUGGAAGGCUACUAUGGUGACAGAUGACCGUCUGAGCCAAGACAACAAUACCUCACCCAAUUUCACAACAGGCUUACUUGGGAACUCUACACACAACGAAUUCACCACUAUCGUGUUGCCUGUGCUUUACCUCAUCAUUUUCCUGGCAAGCAUCUUGCUGAAUGGCCUAGCAGUAUGGAUUUUUUUCCACAUCAGAAAUAAAACAAGUUUUAUAUUUUACCUCAAAAACAUUGUGGUUGCAGACCUUCUCAUGACAUUGACGUUCCCAUUCAAGAUAAUCCAGGACUCGCAGCUGGGACCAUGGCACUUCAACUCUUUCCUGUGCCGAUACACCACAGUUCUGUUUUACACAAACAUGUACACCACGAUUGUGUUCCUUGGACUCAUCAGCAUCGACCGCUACCUGAAAGUAGUGAAGCCUUUUGGAGACUCCAGGAUGUACAGCAUCACUUUCACCAAGAUUCUAUCUGCCUGCGUUUGGGUUGUCAUGGCUUUCCUAGCUUUGCCAAACCUGAUUCUUACCAAUGGCUACCCGACAAAGAAAAACAUUGACGACUGCAUAAAGCUCAAGUCUCCCCUAGGAGUCAAGUGGCACACAGCUGUCAUUUACAUCAACACUUGCAUGUUUGUAGUGGUGCUGAUUGUACUGAUAGGAUGUUAUAUUGCGAUAUCUAGGUACAUUUAUAAAUCAAGCAAACAAUUUAUUAGUUCAUCAAGCAGAAAGCGAAAGCAUAAUCAAAGUAUAAGGGUUGUUGUGGCUGUAUUUUUCACUUGCUUUCUGCCGUAUCAUUUGUGCAGAAUACCCUUCACAUUUAGCCAUCUAGAUAAAAUUUUAGAUGACUCUGCACAUAAAAUCUUGUAUUAUUGUAAGGAAAUGACACUGUUCCUGUCUGCAUGUAAUGUCUGUCUGGAUCCAAUAAUUUACUUUUUCAUGUGUAGAUCAUUCUCAAGAAGGCUGUUUAGAAAAUCAAAUAUGAGAACCAGGAGUGAGAGUAUCAGAUCACUUCAGAGCGUUAGAAGAUCAGAAGUGCGCAUAUACCAUGAAUACACAGAUGUCUGACAUCACCCACACAGAGACUUUUGCUAGUUCAUGAGAAUGUUUGUAUACCACGUAAAUAAAACAUCUUUGAAUAUCUGACCAUGGAAGUUCAUUAAGAAAUUUCAGAU